AUGGCCGGUGUCACGAUUGCAGUCGGGGGAAGAUGGCGAGAGAUUGAGAGUCAAAAUCAGGAGCUCUCAUCGGAGUUGGCUGAGUGCCAGAAGGAGCUUGCCACCAGGGGGAAAACCGAGCAGGAUCUUUGCCAAAGGCUUCUUGCUGCAACAUCCCGAAGUAGUUCUUUGCAGGCUGAGGCGCGCACUCAGCAGGACGAAAUCUUCGCAAUGCAGGCGUCAUUGGAUUGCGCUGAUGCGGCCCGCACAGAGAUGAGUGCUGCAAUGUCUGUGGCGGAUGUGCAGAAAGAAGAGCUCGUGUCCGCAAAAGAUGCUUUGACGGAAGAGUGCCAGCGGCUGCGCGAUGCGCUAUCGCGCGUGCUGCAGGAACAUUCGCAAGUCAAAGCAGAGCUGGCAGCAAGGGAACAAGGCCUCUCUUUGGAAAGCAGCUUGAGAAGGAAAGCAGAAGCCAAAAAUCAACACCAGGAGGCUGAACUCCAGAUGCUGCAGGGCAGGUAUGACAAGCAGAGCACCCAUGUGCAGCUCUUGCUGCGGGAAAAGGAGCGGCUUUGGAGCCAGCUCAGCCGCUCGCGGCAAGACAAACGUGAAGACACCAAAGUGGCCAAAGAAAAAGCCACUGAAGUGAAGGCCAAGGAAAACUGCAAGCCUCGGCCCAAGAGCUGCCCCAAAGCUCCUCUGCGCAGUGAUCGCUCGCUUCUUUCUGCGGAUCUGGAGAGAAAGCUGUGGCACGCACAGAAGGUGGAAGCACUGCCGAUGGGAGAUCAGGCACGUUCCAGCCAGGAUGGCGAGGUGCGGGAAGAGGUAGAUGUCCGAGGAGAUGACAGAACGGAUGGCAGCAGGUGCCACGUGGGCCAUCUGCGGCGUUGGUUUUCCGCAGAGGGCCAGGCAUAUGGCUUUGUGAGCUGCUCCCUUGGCGACGUCUUGCUGCUUCCGGAGCCCCAGGAUGCGGGCACAUUUCACGAGGGCCAGGUGCUGCGUUUUGAAGUCUGCGCGGAGGACUGGGGCCUGAAGGCGUUGAACGCGCGCCCCAUCACCUCCCAAGAGCAGGAGCGGAUUGGCGAGCGAUUGGAGCAGGACGGUCUUCUUCCGUCGCUGCAGGUGACGGUUCUGCAUAGCCAGGCUGGGCAGGCGAGUAGUACGGCCAUGCAAGACAAUGGGAUGAUGCACAUGUACCAACAGCCUUACCAGCUGGGUACGAUGCAGCAGCAGCAGCAGCAACGACUGCAACAGCUGCAGCAGCAGCAGCAGGCACAGCAGCAGCAGCAGCAGCAUCAGCAGCAGCAUCAGCAGCAGUUGCAACACCAGCAGCAACAUCAUCCGCAACAGCAGAUGGUUCAGUCAGCUGUGAUGCCAUAUCCGCAGAUGCACGCCCGCCUUUUUCAGGUGCCUGCGCAGACGCUGACUGCGACUCACGGCUCGAACCCCACCAUCCUCCUGGAGCGACCUCCCAUGCUCGGAGAGUCCGUGCAGGAUUGCGCUCGAGCUCUGCGGUCUGGGCAAUGGCAGGGCCAGCGCGCGAACGCCUUCCCAAGGACCUUUGAGUCUACGGGUUCUUGGUAUGGCGCGCAGCUAGGCGUUGAAUUGGCCAACUGCGUGAUGGAGGUCUUCCAAGCCUUCGAUCAGCUUCAGCAGAUGCGGCAGCAGGAAGCCCAGUGGCAAGAGGAGCAGAUGAACUGGAGGUACCAAGGCCUCGAUGGGGCACUGGGUGAGUACUCGGGGGGGUCCGUACCGAUGUCAGGCGACUACUCGCAAGGCCAAACUUUGCAAUCCCUGAGCUGA